AUGUCCACCUCAUCCUACGGAGACCUCAAUCCGUACGAAGAGGCUCGCCUCUACACCAACAACCAUGAUCGCGAGCGCUACGAGAACAUGGCGACGCUCUUCAGUCUUAUCGUCGCCCUCGACUAUCUCGAGCGUGCCUACGUUCGCGAGUCAAUUUCCGAGAAGGAGUACGCACCGGCAUGCACACGUCUCCUAGCGCAGUACAAAACGAUGCUCAAGCUCAUUGUUGACCAAGAGCGCAACUCUUCCAAGCCCAUCAACGAUCUCGCCGACUUCAUGCGCACGUACAAGAUGAACUACCUCGCAGCAGUGCACCGCCUCAAUGUCGGCGUGCCAGCAACCGUCGAACACGCUUCGUCAUCUUCAUCACAGACCUCGUCCGAGAGGGCCAAAUGGGUGGCUGAGACGACGCAGAACUUCAUCACCUUCAUGGACGCUCUCAAGCUCAAGCUGCGCGCGAAAGACCAGCUCCAUCCGAUGCUCAGCGACCUCAUGCGUGGGUACAGCCGCAGCGAUGAGGCAGGCAAGGAUCAGGAUGGCAACGAUACCCGCGCAAAAUUGCUUAAAUGGCUCAUCACCUUGAACCAGAUGAAGGCUAGCGAUGAGAUCGACGAAGAUCAGGCAAGACAGAUGCUCUUCGACGUGGAAGGGGCAUACAACAGCUUCUUCCGUGCUUUGCAAGAUUAG